AUGUCCGAGGCGGCCGGAAAUCUCAAUAGCCUCCGCCUGGCGAAUGUAGCCCUGCGAGAAGAAUUAAACGCCCUGCGCGGGGCGAAUGCCAGUUUGGGCCUUCAGCUCGGAAGGGCCCUGGCAGAGGUUAACUCCUUGCGGGGCUCCAUCCGCUGGCCAAUGCCCAGAGUGCCCGUCCUGGCCGAGGAGAAUUUUGAGUUCCCGCUCAGUGAGAUCGACGCCAUUCCCGAGAGAGAACUGCCCUUCUUAUGCUGGCCUCCCCCACGCACGGAGCCCGAGUGUAUCGCAGAUGAACUGAUCAGUGUGAUCCAGGAUUGCGGCAGCCUCGAUGGCCCCAGUGACCCCCCUCUGCUGCCCAACCCGCCACCGCCGGUGCUACCUCCGCCGGAGCCAGAGAAGCCGCCCCCGCAGUCCCCUCUGCCACCGCUGGAGCGGCCUGAGAUGGAGUCCUUUUCAGGCGACCCAGUCUACCUGCCUGAAUUUCUGAUGCAGCUAGAGACCUUCAUAGCCAAUCAUGAGGAUCAUUUCCCUGGGGGCGCCGAGCAAGUGGCUUUUCUGAUCUCCUUUUUCACUGGUGCAGCCAAGAACUGGGCCGUUUCAGUCACCCAGGAAGGAAGCCCCCUGCAUGCCAACUUCCCGCGCUUCCUGGAUGAAAUCCGUAAGGAAUUCUGUGGCCCAAUCCCCCAACGUGUGGCUAAAAAGGCCAUCCGCAAGCUCAAGCAGGGAGAUUGUACCAUCAGCAGCUAUGCAGAUGCUUUUCAGUUCCUGGCCCAAUUCUUGUCUUGGGAUGACUGCCGUCUCCAACACCAGUUUAUCAAAGGUCUGUCAGAAUUUUUCUGCAAGGAGCUUUUAUGGUCACCUGAAAUGGUGGACCUGGAUGAGCUGAUUCUCGAAUGUGUGGAGACAGAAAGAAAAGUCCGUGUCCCCAAGCCAGUCCCGCUCCCUGGGGUUCGCAAUAUCUUCCUCCCUUUUGCUGCUAACCCUAAUGAUGAUGAAAGUGAAGAUGAGGAGUUCUACAGUGAGGAUGAAGAUGAAGAGGCAUGCAAAAGCAGGCUUCACCUGAAGGACCAGUACAGGCGCCUAAGGGCUUUUCGGCAAGAGAUGAAGGAGGGAGAGGAGAUGAGGAAGAAAAAUGAGGAUAAAGAUGAGAGUAAGGAUGAGAAAAAAGAUGAGGAUGGGGGCCAGGAACCAGAGCGGGAGCCAGAACAGGAGCAAGAGAGGGAGGAGAUCUAUGGUGAAGUCCAGGAUGAUGACCUAGAUGAGCUAAUGGAGAUGGAAGAGCCCAUUGCCCAUACUUCAUCCCAGGCAUCUGGCUCCACAAGUGGCAACCAUGCUGAAAAUUUCCUAGGUGCCUCGCUGCCCAUGAUACAGCCUGGCAGACGGAGGAACCAGAAUCGAGUCCCACUUCUGGAGGGCCUCCCCGGUACCAAUUCACCAUUCUACAGUUCUCCACCACCGAUUCACCGUGCAGGUCGCUUGGGGCAUCGCCAAAUUAGAAGACGCCCCCCGGUGCUAUUCCGCCUCACCCCGAGACAGGGGAGCCACCGAUCUGCUCGUGGCCGAAUUCGUGUGUGAGUACUGGGGCAAGAUGGCCACUCACAACACACCCUCCUACU